AUGAGUCCUUCAGACGACAUCCUUGUUCAAAAAUACUUCUAUGAUCUGUGUCCUUUUUUGAAGUUUUCAUACCUGAUCACAAAUCAACCAAUUAUCGAAUCGAUGGAAUGUGAAAAGGUGGUUCAUAUUAGCGAUCCCCAUUGUUCUGAACCAGCGCAAUGGAUAAAUCUUAUACAAACUUUAAAGAAACGUCCGGGAGGUCCGCCCCAUCUGAAAAUUACAGGAAUUCAUGAAAAGAAAGAGGCUUUGGAGCAAAUGAGCUUUCAUUUGACAACCGAAGCAGGGAUUUUGGAUUUUCCUUUACAGUUCAAUCCAAUAAUUAGCAAACUUGAAGAUGUCGAUUUCGAAAACUUGCCUGUCAAGACAGGAGAUGCUGUUGCAAUUUCUUCUGUUCUUCAGCUGCAUUCUCUCCUUGCUACUGAUGAUGAAAUGGUCUCCUCAUCAGGUGCAGCAUCUUUCAAUAUGCAGAGAGCAGCGCACUUGGGUCAGAGGACUUUUGCAGAGUGGCUAGAGAGAGACAUGAUCAAUGCAUAUAUCUUGAGUCCGGAUUCAGCAUUAUCACCUCUUUUUUUAGGUGCUUCACCUAAGAUGGGGAUCUUUCUUAACGCUAUGCGAAAACUACAACCAAAACUUUUAGUGAUUACUGAACAGGAAUCAAAUCUGAAUGGAUGUAAUUUAACGGAGAGAAUCGACCGAGCAUUGUACUUUUACGGUUCACUUUUUGACUGCUUGGAAUCUACUGUUACGAGAACAUCAGUCGAGAGACAAAAACUCGAGAGCAUGCUUCUUGGAGAGCAAAUAAAGAACAUCAUUACUUAUGAGGGAGUCGAUAGAAAGGAAAGGCAUGAGAAGCUCGAGCAAUGGAUUCAAAGACUUAAAAUGGCUGGAUUUGUGAAGGUACCUUUGAGUUACAAUGGGAGGAUAGAAGCGACAAAUCUAUUGCAGCGAUAUAGUCAUAAAUACAAGUUUAAAGAAAAUGAUUGUUUACUUCUUUGUUGGAGUGACAGACCACUUUUUUCUGUAUCGGCCUGGAAAUUUAGGUGA